GCGGGCUGCUGCGCAGGCGCAGGACGGUAGCCCGCCCGGUUGUCAUGAGAGCACGGCCGCGGCCGGGCGGUGGGCGGGGGCUGCUGGGCCUCGGCUGCCACCUCCUCAGGGCCUGCGGGUGCUGCUGGCCGGGGUCGGCGGGGCGCCCCGUGAGCUCUGCCUGAGGGCGCGGCGGCCUAGGGACCGGGCGUGCAAGCAGCCCACGCAUGCAGAAUGCCCCACAAGAUUGGGUUCGUCGUGGUCAGCUCUUCCGGACAUGAAGACGGCUUCAGCGCCCGGGAACUAAUGAUCCACGCACCAACGGUCAGCGGGUGGCGGUCGCCAAGAUUCUGCCAGUUUCCACAAGAAAUUGUUCUUCAGAUGGUUGAGAGAUGCCGCAUAAGAAAGCUGCAGCUCCUUGCUCACCAGUAUAUGAUUUCAAGUAAAAUCGAGUUCUACAUCAGUGAGAGCUUGCCCGAGUAUCUCGUACCGUACCAAGCAGAGCGCUUCCGCAGACUUGGCUACGUCUCCCUCUGCGACAAUGAGAAGACAGGUUGCAAAGCCCGGGAGCUGAAAUCGGUGUAUGUGGAUGCAGUAGGGCAAUUUCUGAAGCUGAUUUUUCACCAAAACCAUGUCAACAAGUACAACGUUUAUAACCAGGUUGCUUUGGUUGCGAUAAAUAUCAUCGGAGACCCUGCAGAUUUUGGCGAUGAAAGCAACACUACGUCUAGGGAGAAGCUGAUGGACCAUUACCUGGGGCACAACCCCGAGGACCCUGCUCUGGAAGGAACUUACUCAGGGAAAUCUGACUACAUCUCUCCCCUUGACGACCUGGCUUUUGACAUGUACCAAGACCCCGAGGUUGCACAGAUCAUCCGCAGGUUGGAUGAGAGGAAGCGGGAGGCUGUCCAGAGGGAGCGCUACGAUCACGCCAAGAAACUGAAGCAAGCCAUCGCCGACCUGCACAAGGUCGGCGAGCGCCUGGGGCGCUAUGAGGUGGAGAAGCGCUGCGCGGUGGAGAAGGAGGACUACGACCUCGCCAAGGAGAAGAAGCAGCAGAUGGCACGCUACCGCGCCCAGGUGUAUGAGCAGCUGGCGCUGCACGGCCUCCUGCAGGGCGAGCCAGAGGUGCAGAGACCUCUCAAUCUGCCCCUCCAGCCCCUGGUCCAUGCCGGCAGCCCCCGAUGCCGAAAGCCCAUCCCCUCACUCCCACGGCCGGAAGAGACGGUUCCAGAAAACCAGCUUGCAGACCCUCUCCUCCCGGAGCAGCCAGUGUCGUGUGCCCUGACUCCUCCGAGGUGUUCGGCAGCAGACCAGCCGCCACCGGCCAUGGGCCCGGCUCUGCAGAGCACCGCCGAGGUCCUGCCCUACGACGAGAGGCCUCUGCCCACCGCCCACAAGCAGCCAGGGGAUGCGCUGCUGGAGCCGGAAGUGGGCGAGGCUGACGCCAGCGACACCCGGAGAGGAGGCCUUGCCGGGGAGCCGGAGCCCCUGACAGAGAAGGCCCUGCGAGAAGCCAGCACCGCCAUCGACGCGCUAGGAGAGAGCUUGGUCGCCGGGGCCUACUCCAAGACUUGGUCCUGCCGCGAGGACGCGCUGCUCGCUCUGUACAAAAAGCUAAUGGAGAUGCCCGCUGGGACCCCAAAGGAGGAUGCAAAGAACACGCUGCGUGCGGCUGUCUUCCUCAUCCGCCGAGCCAUCAAGGACAUAGUGACCUCGGUCUUCCAGGCCUCUCUGAAGCUGCUGAAAGUGCUCGUCACCCAGUACAUACCCAAGCACAAGCUGGGCAAACUGGAAACUUCACACUGCGUGGAGAGGACCCUUCCUGCGCUGCUCGCCAGAACCGGGGACUCCUCCGCCCGCCUGCGCAUCACAGCCUCCAACUUCAUUCAGGAAAUGGCGCUGUGUAAGGAGGUCCGCGCGCUGCAGGUGAUCCCGUCCUACUUGGUGCAGCCGCUGAAACCUAACUGCUCGGCGCACCUGGCCAUGAGUCAGGUGGAUCUCCUGGCCCGGCUGCUGCGAGACCUGGGCACCGCGGGCUCAGGCUUCACCGUGGACAGCGUGAUGAAGUUCGCGGUGAGUGCCCUGGAACACCGGGUGUACGAGGUCCGGGAGACGGCGGUCAGGGUCAUCCUGGACAUGUACGCGGAGCACCAGGCGCUUGUCCUGGAGUACCUUCCCCCAGACAACAGCAGCCUGCGCAGGAACCUCCUCUACAAGAGCAUCUUCGAGGGCUUCGCCAGGAUCGACGGCAGGCCCACCCACGCCGAGCUUAGGGCACAGAAAAGAGCAGCUACAGAAGAAGCAGAAAAACAGAAGAAAGAAGAAGUCAAAGCCUUGCAAGGGCAGCUGGCAGCUCUGAAAGGAACCCAGGCCGAGGCUGAGGGAAAGGAGAGCGCCGCUGAGAAGCCCAGGAACCAGGACAGCCCGGGCAGGAUGGCAGCACCACUCGACGUCCCGGUCAGCCACUACCUGGACAACCUGUGCAUCUUCUGCGGGGAGCGCAGCGAGGCCUUCACGGAGGAGGGCCUGGACCUGCACUACUGGAAGCACUGCCUCAUGCUGACGCGCUGCGGCCACUGCAGGCAGGUGGUGGAGAUCGCCAGCCUGACGGAGCACCUGCUGACCGAGUGCGACAGCAAGGACGCCUUCGGGAAGUGCUACCGCUGCAGCGAGGCCAUUCCCAAGGAGGAGCUGCCCCGGCACAUAAAAGCAAAGGCGUGCAACCCUGCCAAAUCUGAGAAGCUGGCAAACCGGUGUCCUUUGUGCCACGAGAAUUUCACUCCUGGAGAAGAGGCAUGGAAGGCACACCUGAUGGGCUCCGCUGGCUGCACCAUGAACCUGCGCAAGACACACGUCCUGCCCAAGGCCCAGGCACCGCUGCAGGAUAAAGGCCCCACAGCGGCCAAGUCAGGAAUCUCAGGACCAAAGGCCGGAAGCAAAAUCCCCACCCCAAAGGGAGGCCUGAGCAAGAGCUCCAGCCGGACGUACACCAAGCGGUGACACGUCGGGGACCAGGCUGUAAGUGGACCGGAAGCCCAGUUUUUCAGACAGUUCAUAGGAUGUUAAAAGACUCCGAUCUAACACAGAUCUCAGGAAAGUAUCUCCUCACAGGCCAUUAGGCCCCAGGGUUUCCUCCAGCGACCAGCAAGAUGAGCUGCCUGUAUGCACUUGGAAACGCCUAUCCUGUCCUGUCUCCAUGCCCUCUGCCCCAAGCGCCAGGAAGCCGUGGGCUGAGGGACAGGCCCACCCACAGUGGCCAGGGCACUGCUUGCAUCCUGAGGUUGCAUAGGCAGCUUUCAAAAUGCACUCCGGGAGCUGGGGAUCUAGCUCAGAGCAGAAGUGCCUGCCUGGCAAGUGCAAGGUCCUGAGUUUGAUUCCCGACACCAAAAAAAAUGCAGUCUGAAGUGUGUGGGACUGAGGGAAUUAUGACCCUGCAAUUAGUGUAUGAAUGCUUUUAACCCCCAACCAUGUGAAACAAUGAAAUAUGUAUCAAAACUAACGUGAGGAGUUCAAGGCAGCCUAGGCUACAUGGUGAGUUCAAGGCCAGCUUGAGCUGGACAGCGAGACUGUCUCAGACAAAACUAAUAGGUACAUGAACACUGAGGUCCCCGGAUACGUUGGUAACCAAGAAUUUGGAUUGAUUAACCUCUGCUUUUUGGCAAACUAAUACCUCAUGGUAUCAUUGAAUAAGAACAAGAUCACCAACACGAUAAUUAUUAAAAAUCUUUGUGUGGGGAGAGAGAACAUAAAACUUUACUAGACAAGCUGAAGUACAGGUGCCAGGUGUCUGUACGGUGGUAUUGUUUCCAGAGAUGUUGGCCCUUACUUUGUAAUGCAUCUUUUAAGAACAGAGAAAGCACUUCUUUAAAAUGAGAAAAGCUAACCGAGGACUUACUCUUUUCUCUGCAAUCUAAAUUUAAUAGAUGUAGUGUCUCCUAAGACAUUUAUAAAAAUAAUUCAUGUUUUAGCCAGGCAUGGCUGCACCUAUAAUCCCCACACUUGGGAAGUGAGACAG